AACAACUAACGGUACGCUGACCAGUACAAUGGAGUGCUUUUAUUGCGAUAAUGUUAUCUCGAGUGGCCACAUUGCAGUCAAGGCCAAACCUAACCUCACCUUUUUAAAAUUUUACCCGAAACCGUAUCGCUCCGGGAUCAUCGUGUUAUCAGCUACAUAAACAACUCUAAUCUCAGUUAUUCGUUGGACAUGGUGAAGAAAUGUCCGAGCAGCGUCGCAGCAACAUCAAAGAUGGCAUUAUUGACUUCGUCGCGGGUUCCUUGGGGGGCGCGGCGUUGGUGUACGUGGGGCAGCCCCUCGAUACAGUUAAGGUCAAAAUGCAGACCUUCCCCAGCAUGUACAAGAACAUGUUCAACUGUUUUGUGGAAACGCUGCGUCACGACGGGAUUUACCGGGGGCUGUACGCCGGAACCGUGCCUGCACUAGCCGCCAACAUCACGGAAAAUUCCGUCCUCUUCUUCUGUUACGGUCUGUGUCAAAAGGGCAUCCUCACUUUUUCGUCGGCGGAAAAUGUGACUAAAUUGUCGUCGCUGGAGAACGCAACGGCGGGUUUUCUGGCGUCGUUUUUCUCCUCGGUGGCUAUUUGUCCGCCUGAGUUACUCAAGUGUAAGCUGCAAGCCAUGUACGAAGUCCAGAAGAAGCAAGCGUUGGAAGGGGUCAAAGUCAAAAGUGUGACGCUAUGGUCAUUGUCAGCCCAGAUUUUUAGACAAGAGGGAGUCGUGGGGUUCUUCCACGGGUUGGUGCCGACUUUGGUUAGGGAAAUGCCGGGGUAUUUUUUCUUUUUUGGGGCGUAUGAAGGUGUGAGGAGCCUACUGACGCGUCCAGGGGAGUCCAAGGACGAUAUAGGUUUGUUCAAGACGAUGGUAGCGGGGGCCGCUGGCGGGUUCACGUUUUGGACUUUAAUAUUCCCGGCAGAUGUCGCUAAAAGUCGAAUUCAAGUGACAAGCUCUAAUGCUGGUAUGAUUAGGGUGAUUUUUGACAUUUGGAGGCGCGAGGGGUUUAGGCAUCUGUACACCGGAUUGACUCCCACGUUGGUGCGGACUAUACCCGCUACAGCUGUUCUUUUUGUGGCUUAUGAGUAUUCUAAAAAGUUUAUGCAUAGGGUGGUUUCAUAGAAAGAACGGAGGUUUUAAGUUAUAUUUUAAGCAAUAAAUAAAUAAAUUAUUAAAUAGGAA